AUGGUACCCUGCGGUCUAGUAAGCACCACUUCGGUUGGUGAGAAUGUGGUCGAUGUCCGCAUGAAUCGUACCGUUGGGCAACUCCCAUCUCCACCGGCAGUGCUCUCUCUUCACGAAGUGGUGUUGCCAUGGAAAAGUCGAUGGAUAAGAGCCCAACAAGACGGGUUACCAUUCUCAUUCCGGAAUCCUGAUCCAAUUUCCCAUCCUAUGCCCCCCUUCUUCUGA